UCUCCCCGGCGGCGGCGGCGGUGAGGCGGGUGCCGGGCGGCGGGAUCGGCGGGACCAUGGCGCUGUCGCUGGGCGAGGGCGGCGGCGGCGGGAGCCGGCUGCGGCGGCAGCUGGAGUCGGGUGGCUUCGCGGCGGGGGAGUACGUGAAGCAGCUGUCGCAGCAGUCGGACGGCGACCGGGACCUGCAGGAGCACCGGCAGCGCAUCCAGGCGCUGAGCGAGGAGACCGCGCAGAGCCUGAAGCGCAACGUGUACCAGAACUACCGGCAGUUCAUCGAGACGGCGCGGGAGAUCAGCUACCUGGAGAGCGAGAUGUACCAGCUCAGCCACAUCCUCACCGAGCAGAAGGGCAUCAUGGAGGCCGUCACCCAGGCCCUGCUCCUCCAGGCCGACCGCGACGACCCCGCGCUGGGCGCCCGCCGCGCCGCCGCCGCAGACCCCUUCCUGCCGCUGUCGGCCAAGGAUGCGGCGGCCAGCGAGGAGGGGCGGCAGCGCACCCUCACCACCCUCCUGGAGAAGGUGGAGGGCUGCCGCGACCUCCUGCCUGAGAGCCCUGGCAAGUACCUGGUGUACAACGGGGACCUGGUGGAGUACGACGCGGACCACAUGGCGCAGAUCCAGCGGGUCCAUGCCUUCCUCAUGAACGACUGCCUGCUCGUGGCCACCGCGCUGCCCAACCGGCGCGGUGCCUACCGCUACGACGCCCUGUACCCCCUCGACGGGCUGGCUGUGGUCAACGUCAAGGACAACCCGCCCAUGAAGGACAUGUUCAAGCUGCUCAUGUUCCCUGAGAGCCGCAUCUUUCAGGCUGAAAACGCCAAGAUCAAGAAGGAGUGGCUGGAGGUGCUGGAGGAGACCAAGCGCAACCGGGCCCUCAGCGAGAAGCGGCGCCUGGAGCAGGAGGCCCUGCCCCGGCCUGCCCCAACACCCCCCGAAUCCACCAACCCCUUCGAUGAGGAUGAGGAGGAAGAGGAGGAGGAGGAGCCCUCUGCUGAGGAGGAGGUUGUAGACCUCUCACUUGAGUGGAUCCAGGAGCUGCCUGAGGACCUGGAUGUCUGCAUUGCGCAGCGGGACUUCGAGGGGGCAGUGGACCUCUUGGAUAAACUCAAUGAGUACCUGGGGGACAAGCCUGUGAGCCAGCCCGUGAAGGAGCUGCGGGCCAAGGUCGACGAGCGGGUCCGGCAGCUCACAGACGUGCUGGUGUUCGAGCUGUCUCCAGACCGGUCGCUGCGAGGAGGGCCACGGGCCACCCGCCGAGCUGUGUCCCAGCUCAUUCGCCUGGGACAGUCCACCAAGGCCUGUGAGCUCUUCCUGAAGAACCGGGCAGCCGCGGUGCAGACGGCCAUCCGACAGCUGCGCAUCGAGGGUGCCACGCUGCUCUACAUCCACAAGCUCUGCCACGUCUUCUUCACCAGCCUUCUAGAGACGGCCAGAGAGUUUGAGACGGACUUCGCUGGCAACAACGGCUGCUACUCGGCCUUCGUUGUCUGGGCCCGCUCUUCCAUGAGGAUGUUUGUCGAUGCCUUCAGUAAGCAAGUAUUUGAUAGCAAAGAGAGUUUGUCAACUGCGGCAGAGUGCGUCAAGGUAGCUAAAGAGCACUGCAAGCAGCUUAGCGAGAUUGGACUGGAUCUCACCUUUAUCAUUCAUGCCCUUCUGGUGAAGGAUAUCAAAGGCGCUUUACAGAGCUACAAGGAUAUCAUCAUUGAGGCCACCAAGCACCGCAACUCUGAGGAGAUGUGGAGAAAGAUGAACCUAAUGACUCCAGAGGCACUGGGGAAGCUCAGGGAGGAGAUGAGGAGCUGUGGGGUGGGCAAUUUUGACCAAUACACAGGUGAUGACUGCUGGGUCAACCUUAGUUAUACUGUAGUAGCUUUCACUAAGCAGACUAUGGCCUUCUUGGAGGAAGCUUUAAAGCUUUACUUUCCCGAGCUGCAUAUGGUUCUUUUGGAGAGUCUCGUGGAAAUCAUCCUGGUGGCCGUCCAGCAUGUUGAUUACAGUUUACGGUGUGAACAGGACCCUGAGAAAAAGGCAUUCAUUAGGCAGAACGCCUCUUUCCUGUAUGAAACUGUCCUUCCUGUUGUGGAAAAAAGAUUUGAGGAAGGAGUUGGAAAGCCAGCCAAGCAGCUACAGGAUCUGAGAAAUGCUUCAAGAUUGAUGCGUGUAAAUCCGGAAAGUACCACCUCUGUGGUGUGAAGUGGUCCUGUGGACAGGGUGUGGAAGCACUUACUGAAAAUGUUGUACAUUGAAUAUAUGAACUCAAUGGGGUUUUUUUGAGUCCCUGAAAAAUGCAGAACUGUUAGCUGCUGCAUUGCAGAAGCUGAAGAUUUAGAAUCAAUGCCUGCAAGCAUGCAAUGCUUUACUUGGUGGAUGGGGGCUGGGAAAGUGAGAAGGUCGAGGUCACAUGUCCUCGGAUGGCAUAUCCUGUAAGAAGGGCUUUUGUAGUGUUUGUGAUUUGGGAAAUAACUGUAAUACACAAUUUUUGGCUAAUUGUCUGUGAAAGUCUUAAAUAUAUGUACAGCAUAUGACAGGAAAAGAUCAAUUCUCAUCAUGUCACUGUAGGAAUUCUUUAAGGCAGAGUUCUGGUAGGAGGGGAAGUGCUGGAGCACUCCCAGUGCGUGGUAUUCGGUGAGGCAUAUCCACCAUCCAGAUGUGACUCAGCACUGCAGAUAAAUGACAUGAGUUUGCACAGUGUGAUUUGUGUGGUAACAAUGCAGACUUUUCCAUUUUUGUAAUAUUCAGAUUAUCUUCAUUUCAGAGGCAGAUCUAAAUUAAAAAUGUUUUCAGUAUAAGUUUUGGUGUUUGGGUGAAGGGGCUUCUUCUUUUAAUGAGCUGGCCUGUCAGCUUAAAUUGCAGCUCUCUGAAAACAAACCUGCUGUCAGAACCAUUUGUUCCCUUCAAGAGGAGUGAGAAUAAACUGCUUCCCUUACUCUCUGUGUUCCUCUUCCAUGUUUUCUCAUGGAUUUCAUUGGGGUCACGUCCAUUGAAUGAAGUGUGCACUGUUUCUUGAGGUGCUGUCAUAAAUGCAUUAUGGGCCUUUGUCUGCUGAUAGAAACCAGAGUGAAGAGGCCUAAAUGUUCCUGAGACUUGCAAGGCAGGGAGAGAGUCUGAAGGUACUGUUUUGUUUGGAAGAGACAGAAUGUUAGUUUUGCUGUACAGAAGCAGCACCUGAUGAAGAGACUCUGUUGAGGCUUUUGGUAAAUGAUGUGAACUCCAAAAUACAGUGUCUCCUGCAAAUGCUAUCGUUUCCUGUAAUACAGCAAUAACCAGUGAGAACUGCCUUUUUUGCAGAAAUCACAAGAAUUUGGUUGGGAACUCUGAUGUCAAUGGGGGAAGUUUAUACAAAUGCUUGUAUGUUUGGAUUGAAUGGUGGUGGCUGUCUGGUGCAGUAUAUGUCUGUGAAAAUAAAAUAAGCCAAGUCUUGUGUCAAGGCUGGCUUUAGAAAGCUGUCAGCAUCAACUUCUGAGCUGGGUAAACUUCUUCCCCUUUGGUACAAACUUUCUUAUUUGUGAGAAAAUCAUGUUACAGCUAAAUAACCUUGUACUAGUCCCUCAGUAAGUGUUCUUUACUCUAAUAAUUGAGUAUCCUGUUCCUCUAGCACUUUUGAAUUAAAGCUUUUGCAAUUUGUGUUGUGUUAAUGAAUGCCUUGUGACUGCCCGAACAAACAACAGAUGUCACUAGUAAAACAUUCUGCAUAACUGCUUA